AUGAACGACAAACAGCAGCACUUCCCCGUGCACGCGCAGGUGAACGAGACCAAAUACUCCGGCGUGCACGUGAGCCCAGAGGCCAUGCGGCGCGUGUGUCUGCCUGCACCGCAGGUACGUGCCAACUUAUUCUGCGCAUUUGAUGAGAACCUUUUGGCGCGCGCAGAAGCUCUGGCAGCCGCUGAACUCGCCAAGCCUCACGCGACACCGUACCACGCCAUGAACGGCGGCGUAUGCGCCACGUCCACUUCCUCUACGUCUAUAUCUUCCACUUCUUCCCAUCAUCAUCAUCACCAUCAUCAUCAUCACCACCUGACCCAGGCGCUGGAGAGCGAGCUCCUCGAGCACCUGUCGUCUGCGCUAGCCGUUGGCGGCUUGGCACCGGAUCCGUCGGCUUUGGCCACGCAAGCGCACCAGAAUCACCUCCCGGCGGUCGCUUGCCACCUGCACCAGGCCGCAGGCCACGCAGGUCUCCCGCACGCGCACCCUCACUCUCAUCUUCAAUUGCUUCCAGGCGGUGAUGGAGAGUCGGAUCCGCGUGAGCUCGAGGCUUUCGCAGAGCGCUUCAAACAGCGGCGCAUCAAACUCGGCGUGACGCAGGCAGACGUGGGUUCGGCGUUAGCCAACCUCAAAAUCCCGGGAGUGGGCUCUCUCAGCCAGAGCACGAUCUGCCGUUUCGAGUCUCUUACGCUCUCCCACAACAACAUGAUUGCACUGCGGCCGGUGUUGCAGACGUGGCUGGACGAAGCCGAGGCGGCGCACCGCGACACGAGCGCGCGCACAGACCUGCUGCUUAACAAUAACGGAGAUCGAAAGCGAAAGCGCACAUCCAUCGCAGCGCCGGAGAAGCGCUCACUCGAGGCUUAUUUUGCAAUCCAGCCUCGGCCUUCUUCAGAGAAAAUCGCUGCCAUCGCCGAGAAGCUGGACCUGAAGAAGAACGUGGUCCGAGUUUGGUUCUGUAACCAAAGACAGAAACAGAAGAGGAUGAAAUACUCCGCAGCGCACUGACUGAUCAACUCUUAUGUUCAGGAGCUACAAACACUUUAAAGCGCGCA